AAAAUCCGAUCUCCAAAGUCAACUCCUCUCUCUUUAUCUUUCUCUUCAGCUUCAUCAUCCCUCUCCUCUUUCCGGGGAAUCAAACGCACCGCCUAUGAAGAGCCAACUCUACGCCUGAGACAAGAGCUCUGCUUUUUUCUGUUGAUUUUCUCCAUCUGGAAGCUCCAUGGGCAACGGAUUCGGAAAGGUCGGCAUCUGCUUCGCCGGUGCCGGAGAAGUUUCCCGGCGCCACGACAUCGAUAUGAUUCUGUCGGAGUCUCUGGACGAAGGGCUGGGUCACUCUUUCUGCUACAUACGACCUCACCCAUGUCGCAUCUCUUCCUCCCAAGUCCACACCGAGUUUUUCCAAACGACGACGUUUUGCUCCAUCUCCGGCGCUUCUGUCAGCGCCAACACUGCCACUCCUCUCUCUACAGCUCUUCUUGAUCCGUAUUCCUACAACUGCAACCUCGAUCGAGCCUCCGCGUUUGAGAGCUCCACCUCCUUCGCUUCAAUCCCUCUACAACCGGUUCCGCGCUCCGGUACGCCACCCCGAAAUACCGGGGGAGUACCGUCUUCGGGGCCGAUUGAAAGAGGGUUCUUAUCAGGCCCGAUUGAGCGAGGUUUGUAUUCGGGUCCGAUGGAGAACAGUGGUCAGUUGCAGAGAAGUUUCUCAAAUAGUGAAUUUGGGUUCAAAUCCAAAUCCAAGAAGCGAGGUUUGAUGAGAAAUUUUCGUAAAGCGAUUGCGAGUAAAUUAUCUCGGGGACAUACGGCUGCUGUUGCGCCGAUUAAAGGGAAAGAAUCUGAUUGGGUUGAGAAGAAUAAUGAGAAAUUUAAGGUGACGGUGAGUGGUCCUCUGCUGAAUAGCGAUGAUGUUGAUGAAGAUAAUGAGUCUUUCGACAGUCAGAAUCUUCAAUGGGCACAAGGAAAAGCAGGGGAGGAUCGAGUACAAGUGUUGAUAUCGGAGGAACAUGGUUGGGUUUUUGUGGGGAUUUAUGAUGGAUUCAAUGGUCCUGAUGCUACUGAUUUCUUAUUAUCUAAUCUUUACUCUGCUGUGCAUAAGGAACUCAAGGGGUUACUAUGGAACGAUAAGUUCGAAUCUGCAGAGCCAGUCUCCGCUCAUCUGAAUUUAGAUGAGGACAUUGAUCCAUCCUGGGCAAACGCUCAGAUGUUUGAUGCUCGUUUACAGUAUUUCGGUAAGGAGAAUCACCCAUGUGGAAAUAGGAACAUGAACUUGGAGGUGGACUCUAACUCAAUCAAAAAGCAGGGUAAGAACAAGAAGAAUAGAAUUAGAGGGACAGCAAAAAAAUGGGAGGAGAACCAGAGCAGAUGGAAGUGUGAAUGGGACAGGGAAAGAUCAGAGCUUGAUAGGAGAUUAAAGCAACAGUCCAACCCUUCCGACCCAGAUGGAGCAGCUGCUAUUAACCAUUCAGAGGUGUUGAAAGCACUGUCCCGGGCAUUGAAAAAGACGGAGGAGUCUUAUUUGGACAUUGCGGACAAGAUGGUAAUGGAGAAUCCUGAGUUAUGUCUAAUGGGUUCAUGUGUUUUGGUGAUGUUGAUGAAAGGAGAAGAUGUUUACUUGAUGAAUGUGGGUGACAGUCGAGCAGUUCUAGCUCACAAAUCUGAACCUCGCCUUUGGCUCAGGAAGGCUCACCAGGACUUGGAACGAAUCAAUGAAGAAACCUUGCAUGAUCUUGAAUCAUUCGAUGGUGACCAAUCUUACGGAUUGCCCAGUUUAGCUUCCCUUCAGCUCACCAUGGAUCACAGCACAAAUGUGAAAGAGGAAUUCGAAAGAAUUAAGAAUGAACAUCCAGAUGAUGAUUCUGCAGUGAUAAAUGACCGGGUCAAAGGUUCCUUGAAGGUCACUCGUGCUUUUGGGGCUGGCUUUCUCAAACAGCCAAAAUGGAAUAAUGCACUACUGGAAAUGUUCAAAAUAGAGUAUGUGGGAACCUCCCCUUACCUCUCAUGUUCUCCAUCACUCUACCACCACAGACUCGGCCUAAAGGAUAGGUUCUUGAUAUUGUCUUCCGAUGGACUCUACCAGUACUUCACCAAUCAAGAAGCUGUUUCCCAAGUUGAGAUGUUCCUUGCUUCAUCUCCUGAAGGAGAUCCUGCACAACAUCUCAUUGAAGAAGUGCUGUUCCGAGCAGCAAAGAAAGCUAGUAUGGACUUUCAUGAGUUGCUAGACAUCCCACAGGGAGAUCGACGUCGGUACCACGAUGACUUGUCCAUCAUCGUUAUUUCUCUGGAAGGAAGGAUAUGGCGUUCAUCUGUGUAAAUACUAAGUAGAGUUUUCCACUGAAGACAUUCACAGAGACUAUCCCACAUUUUUGUGCACGGCCAUGGCCAUCCUCAGACUUCACCCUUGGGUUUUUUUUUCUUCUUUUUUUGCAUAUACAAAUUAUUCUCAAGGAAGAGACACAUUCUUCUGUUAAAUUAGGUUUUGGGACUGUAAAGAUGGGGGGAACUCGUCCUUUUCCCCCUUAUUACCUAUGAUAGAACAUUGUAUCUGCAACUAUAGGGUAAGAUGUAUAUUAUUCAGAUUAAUGAAACAAUGACCAAUUGGUCUAUAUUCUUUCA